AUGUUAUCCAGAAACGAAUCUUCAUCGGCAGGAAUUAAUGCAUCAUCAGGAUUGGAAUCUAACAAUUUUCAAAUGGGUCUUGAAGCUGAAGCCAUGUCUUUCUUGAUAACAUUAAAGAAAGGAGUACACUCAACAGUUGUUUCGCAACAAAUACAAAGUAUUGUUAGAUUCACUGAUCUUAUUACGGAAUACCCUCUUCCUAUUAUUGCAAAUACUGCUCUUUUAAAAUUAGCUGAUGUUUUUCGGGAUUGUAAUAAUAAUUUUGUACGAUAUUGGAUCGUGAGUGUGUUCGAGGAGGUAAAGGGUGAAUUGUUAAAAGUUUUAAACCAUGAUGAAUUAAUCAAAAGAUUUUCUGCUGUAUUAGGUUCAAAUGAUCCUAUUGCAAGAUCAUUGGCUCUUAGAAUGUUUGGACAUAUGGCAGAUAUUCUCUCCGAUAGGACAGAUCUUCAUCAUCAUAUUGAAAAAAAUUUAUUAACUUGUAUUGAAGGAUAUGAGAGAGAAUCAUGUAUUAUUGCUAUUGAACAAAUAUGCUCUACAUCAAAGCAUUUUGCUUCACAAAUUCUCCCUCAACUAGAGACAUUACUUUCUGACAUUAAAACCCCUCCAAAUGCCAAGUUGUCAUUGAUAAGAGUGUUGAGAUACAUGCAUACUGAUGUUAACACAGUUAAUAGAACUUUUAAACUUUGUUCAGAAGUAUUGUUGAAAACCUAUCCUACAACACCUUUUAUACUCGUAAUACUUGAAACUGUAACACAGCUUACUCAAAAUUCUAUAUUUAUUGCUAAAGAUACUUUCCAAUUAUUGUUUAAUAUAUUUAAAUAUGAAUCUAGAAAAAAGGUUAAAAUCAGCGCAAUUAAUAAUAUUACAAAUCUUUCAAAAACGCUCUCUGACACCUACACAUUCGAAUUUCCCUUUAAGGUACGUAUUACUAUCAUUUUUAUUGAAUUCUUACAAAUUUUAAAGAUUCUUCACGAUUCACUUAAUAAUUCUCCGUUCGACUCUGUUAAACUGGCAGUAUUGAGACUUUUAGCCUCCCUUUCUUACUCUCCUUUCAAUGUCAAGAGAUGGUUGAAAUACUCUGAAGAGAAUAACAUUAUACAUAUUGUAGAAUUAUUGCUAUUUUAUAGGAACUUACAAAUUUCUGAUUUGGCUUUUGAAAUUCUUAUAAAUGCGGCAAGACACUCAAAUGAAUCUGAAGAGGUAAUUGAACCAUUGUUAUCAACUCUUUUAAGAGCAUUUUGCUUCUCAGUUACUUAUAGAGUAUCAAACAAUGAUAAUUUAUUAUAUGUUGUAAGUAUUUAUUCAAUAUUGAUUGAAAAAAUUUCAAUUAUUUAA